ACAUUGCAGCAGAGGCACAGAAGGAGACUGUGAGAGGAGCAGGGAAAUACACACAAAAGCAGCCAAAGCAGAGCACCCUCCCCUGGACACACCCUGCCGAGGAACACUGCUUCUCUUUUUUUUUCCUUCUUCCCCCCCGAUCCGUCCACACCACUUGGAGUGAAGGCUCUUCCUGGUCUCCAGACUGAACGAGAAGCUCUACCUCCCUAUUUCUACCAUACAGAGGACAUCUACAAUCCCCCCAGGGCUGAGAUCCCUCUGGCGAAGAACUGUAUUUUUUUCAUUUUUUUCUUUUUGUUUUUCUUUUCCUUUGGACACGGCAACUCCAGCCAGAAACACUAAAAGCCAUAUCAUAUUAAGGCCAUAGAACACAAUACACACGCAACCUCCAGCCUCAAGACCAGUGCAAAGAAGGACCUAUAUCUCUUUUAUUGUACGUCAAGAAUGGUUACUCAGAUAAUCAGCACCAUGGAAACCCAGGUGUCCAACGGUCCGAGCGGAACUAGCCUACCCAAUGGUCCAGUCAUCAGCACCAACGGUGCUACAGAUGACAGCAAAACCAACCUGAUUGUCAACUAUCUGCCCCAGAACAUGACCCAGGAGGAGUUCAAGAGUCUGUUUGGCAGCAUCGGUGAAAUCGAGUCCUGCAAACUAGUCAGAGACAAGAUAACAGGUGCCGAUCACUUGAGCAUUUCAACAACUCAUGGACAGAGUUUGGGCUACGGAUUUGUCAACUACGUGGACCCCAACGAUGCGGACAAGGCCAUAAACACAUUAAAUGGUCUCAAACUGCAGACCAAAACAAUAAAGGUUUCAUAUGCCCGGCCGAGCUCGGCUUCCAUCCGUGACGCCAACCUCUAUGUCAGUGGCCUCCCAAAGACCAUGAGCCAGAAGGACAUGGAACAGCUCUUCUCCCAGUAUGGACGCAUCAUCACAUCCCGCAUUCUCGUGGACCAAGUCACAGCAGGCAUAUCGCGGGGAGUAGGUUUCAUCCGGUUCGACAAACGGAACGAGGCGGAGGAGGCCAUCAAGGGGCUGAACGGGCAGAAACCCCUGGGUGCGGCGGAGCCCAUCACCGUCAAGUUCGCCAACAACCCUAGUCAGAAGACGGGCCAGGCCCUGCUGACCCAGCUGUACCAGACGGCCGCACGCCGUUACACGGGUCCCCUCCACCACCAGACCCAGCGAUUCAGCAUCAUCCCUCCAUUUGGAAAGGGACCAGAUCCAAAUAACAGCACAAAACCAAUACUCGACAAUUUACUAAACGCCAGCUACGGAGUCAAGAGUUCUCCUUCUCUCCUUCCCAGAUUCUCCCCCAUCACCAUUGACAGCAUGACCAGCCUGGCGGGGGUCAACCUCACAGGGCCCACCGGCGCCGGCUGGUGCAUCUUCGUGUACAACCUGUCCCCAGAGGCGGACGAGAGCGUGCUGUGGCAGCUCUUUGGGCCCUUCGGUGCCGUCACUAACGUCAAGGUCAUCCGUGACUUUACCACCAACAAGUGUAAGGGCUUCGGCUUUGUCACUAUGACCAAUUACGACGAGGCAGCCAUGGCCAUCGCUAGCUUGAACGGCUACCGCCUGGGCGACCGCGUGCUGCAGGUGUCUUUCAAGACCAGCAAGCAGCACAAGGCCUGAGACAGAUGGGUUGCCACCACCACCAACAUCAUCUCCUCCAUUCUGCUUAGAGUACUUGAGCUAGCUCACUGCUACACGGGCCUCGACUGGGUCUGUCUCUCUCUCUCUCUCUAUCUCUCUCUCUCUCUGACACACAUUCAUAAAAGCCCUUCAAAUUCCGACAUGCUCUAGCAAAACACACACAUACACACGAGUCCAUACACACCAGGCAAUGAGACAUAUCUCAAAUCAAAGAUACAGAAGUCAGAGUUUCGAAACACACUCAAUAGUGGAGUUGUUCCUUUUUUUUUCUUUCUACACAAAAUGCUACACUUUCCCCAUAUUUGCCUGGAUUGAAUUAGUAGGCAUGAGUGGUCUUUAUAGGGGGUGGGUAUGAGAGGAAUAUAUAAAGGAGACAGUCUAAAGAAUGUGACAGAGAAUGUGUGCGGAGUGCUUUGAUUGAAUUCAGGCAAAUAAUGAUAUAACUGCUGAACAAAACGAUCAAAAUUCUAAAUGAACGAUUAUGUGCAAUUUACCCAAACUCUUACCCCCACCAUCUCUCCUGUCAUCUUGCUGGAGAGGAUGUUGUCACUUUUUUACACUUGGGCAUUUUGAAUCAGCGAUUCUUUUUAGAUCAAAGUAAAAUAAAUUUAAAAAACAGUGUUCUCUUAUAUACGUAUAUUAAAAUAUAACUAUAUAUUCAAUAUUUAAGGUGGUUAUAAUAGCCGAGUAUGUAAGCAUUUUCUAGAAUCUUUGACUGCUGUUUCCAGAGUCUGCAUUAGGUGGUGCCUAGUGUAUAGACAGUUUCUCUACCAUAUGAGAGCUUUUGCUCAGACCCAAUAUUGAGGUUAACAAAUGGAUACUGGUCACUGAAAUGAUUAGCCUGAUUAGCCAUAAGAAUGCUCUUCCCUUCAAAAAUCUCCCAACUACAACAGUUCACUAAUCACACAAUUUAUCACACAUCUAAACAGAUUGACAAGGAUUUGCAAAUAUUUGCCCAUCAAAGUGAUGUUAUCUAUUCACAUAUUGAAUUCAAACACAAGCAGACUCUGCAUUGUGCCAGAUGAUAAUGAUCAUUUGUUUUUAUAAUUACAAUAAGAAAGGCAGGGAAAACCUCUUCCACCACAAGACAAUUUAAAGACAAAUACCGGUUUUCCACUUUUUGAAUACUUUUUUGACAUUUGUAAAGACAUUACGACCUGAAAAUAACAUUAAUAUACGUCAACAGAAUGUGUAAAGAUUUCCCAGAUUAAACAGGCAUCUGAUUAUUUGUAUAAAAACAAAAAUGAAAUUUGCCAAAAGAUCUAUACAAAACUGAAGAACACCAGUAUUUGUCUUUAAACUGAUGCUCAAAAACAAUCUUUUCUCAUAGACGAGGCAAUAGUUUUAUAUAUCUAUACGUGGAAUAAGAAAACCUCUCUUAAAACUAAAAUGCAUACAGCAAAAUGAAAAUCCCUGCUGUUCUUACACCCUGGAUCUGAACAAUGACCACCUGACAAUAAUCGUAUUAGCACUAGGGAGCCCUAGAGAAAACAGCUUGUUGCCAGCUCCUCGGGCUUCUCCAAACUGUUUUGGUUUUAACCCUUCAAAAGCUUCUCAGAUUAAAAUUCUUGCUCUGUAAAAAUUGGAAUGGACAAAGACAAAUCAGGCCCAGAAUUUAAAGGACUGUCUUAAAAUAUGCUUGUGUUCAUGCACUACCACCAAUAUAGUAUAUCUUAGCGUAUCUGCCCCACCCCCUCCCCCCUAAACCCAACAGCAUGGAAAUGAUCUGUGGUGGUAUCACUGAUGGAACAUUAUGCCAACUACAACCUGUCAUGCUGAACUAUGUGUUAAGAAACCUAAUUUAGGAUCUACCAUGGGAAGAGGUAUUGUCUUCAAAUACCAAGUUGUCUGCACAUGAGAAUAGAAAUAAGGUCAACUAUAUUCAAGACAUUUUUGCUUUUCUAAAUGACGCUGUGUUAGCCAAAGAGGAUGACGAUCUCUUUGAAAGGAUUACAUUAGAGAUAAAUCUAUUUUUAUACAUACAAAAGAACAAGACCUUGUGCUGAAUUUUUACAGAUUCUUAAGCUUGGAAAAAUUGGGGCGAUCGCAUGGCUUUUAUUUAAACCCUCGGAUCUUUGCAGAACGAUGGGGUAAAAGGCAUGCGGUGUACGGGUGGGCGUUAGGGAAGGGGCAAAGGAAAGUUGUAACUCAAACUUAACUGUUCAACCAUAUCAAAACAAUUGAGACUUAGCAACAAAAAACAAAGUUGAUGCAUACAAGUUAAACAGUUAGGGUUAAAACCUGAUAGAUGUCUCUACAUCUUUACUUUACAGUGUGCAUUCACACUCAAUUCUCUCAUCUCUAGGUUGUGUACAGUGUUGCUACAAUGAUGGUGCAGUGAGCUAAAAGUGCUUUGACUUGAGAAUCCCAGACUAAGCUGCAGUGAGACAGUUUCAUUGCUCAGAUGGAAAAAACAUAAUGGCAGAUUGCAAAAAGAAAGGUUAAAAGAGGCAGAUUCAUAAUAAACAUUGAUUCACAUUCAUCGCAAUUGGGUACACUUAAUUUCCGCCAAUGAAUUAUAUGGCAAGCCGGUACCAAGGCCAAAAUUAUAUUAUCCUGACUGCAAUUGUCCCACUAAACGUAACUCUUUAUUGAAUAUGGACCCUCUUUAACUUAUGUUAAUAUUUUUGAGCAUCACAGUUGUGCAUAUACCAAAACUAAUGUCAAUCAAAUAAAAUAUAAAGUAGCAACAAACCCCAUUUGCACGUUUCAUAUAGGCUUCGAGAUAAAUAAAAAGUCAUAUAAAAUAUAAUGUGUGAAAUCAGAUCACCUCCCGACAAAACAAACAGUAAAUAUCAAGUGUACGACCCCCUCCCCAACCCCCCAAUAUUGAUAGUGUGUGGUUUUAAUUUUUUUUUAUUGAUUCUUCAAACUGGAAAUAUUACAACAUGAUGGAAAUGUACCAUGGACUUUUUUCAAAAUUAUUAUUAUUAAUCAUACCAUUUCAUUCCCAAUUAUAUCCAAAUGAUUAUUGGUGGUGUGAGCAGUGCUAAUCACAUGAAAGGACUAAUAGUAGCUAUUUUAAGUUCAGGCCAUGCAAGAGAAUAGGUAGCACAGGGGAGGUGAGCAUUUGGCCUGGCCUUGAAAUGGAAACAAUAGGCAAUGUUAACUAGAGCUGUUGACCUAGCCAUGUCCAGUCUACUAUGUCUAACAAGAAACAAAUCAGUGCAAGAUGGAGCCGUCACACACAGUCCAAACAGACCCUCAUCACUAACAUAAUAUAAAACAGUAGAAAGCCAGGAUAAUGGCAGGAGACCACCCAACGACACCGCUUGAACAGCAACAAUAAUCAUUUAAACAAAAAAGACAAAAAAAACAACCUUUCCUAUGGAACAGUAAGUGCAAUGUGCUUUGUUUUUAUAUUGACUGAGAACAAAUGAUAUAUAUUUUUUAAAAAACAAAUUAAACGUCACACUGAAGUGGUUUGCAGAAGAGCAAAAACGAUCAAAUAUACAAGAAGAAGAAAAAAGCCAGAUUAUUAAGGGCAUCUAACAAGCAAUGAAAGCUUUGAUCUAAUCGAUUCAUUUUUAAAUGUCCAUAAUCCCCUUCCUAUGCCCCGAUUUGUUGCUCAGGCCAGGCAAGCUAAUAUAAACUGCAUAUUUGGCUGACCUUACGAAGCAAUUACAAAAGACCUUGAAAGGAAUACUGUCUUAUAUAUCAUUCGUUUUAGCCCGUGUCAGUUUCAAAUAUCAUUUUUUUUUCCUGUGAUUUAUCGAUUUACUUUACAUAUCAAGACUCACUUGUUAAAUUAGCAUUUUUGUGUUGUUGAUGUUACCAUAGAGGAGACACAUUGGUCAAAGAUUUUGUUUGGUUGCUUUGGUUGGGUACAAUUUGUUAUUUUUUAUACCAUUAUUUAAUUAGUUGCAGUUCUUAAAGUGUAUGCAGAUUUUAGACUUAGUUAGAUUUUUUUUUAUUUCAAUCAAACUGUGUUUAAUUGUGUUUGUAAAAGUCUGUGGUAGCUUUUGUUGCAACAUAAAAUAAUUUAAACAGAAAAAAUUCAAGAUAGCGCCAACAAACUUGUAUUAUUUGGGCGACUUUAAGCUUGUAGUUUUAACUUAUUGUUAACUUAAAAACUAUUUAUUAUGAUUAUUAUUAUUGCCUCGUAUAAAGUAUGUUUUGUGUAUAUUUAUUGUUUAUUUCAUUAUAUUUGCAAGUUUAAAAGAUUUUAAGUUUGCCAAAAUUGUGGUUACACCAUUUCGUUUCUUAAAAAGGGGGACAACUAGAUAAAAAAAAACGCUUUAGAAGUACGAUUUGGACAUGUUCUCCAUAGUCAAAGAAUGCACUGCUAUAUUAAACUAAUUGAAGUGUAUAAACAUACAUGCUGUGUGCUAGAUGUUAAGCCUUUACUGCCUGUGUUCUGUUUGUCUUGUUCAAUGAAAAUCUUUUGAUUAUUUAAUCUAAUCACAGUCUUGUUUUUUCCAAUCACUCAAAUAACCUGAUUGUUAUCUUAAGGGCCAUAAGGAGGGACUCAAAGGGCAUGGCUGGAGCCUAUUGCAGGACUCCAGUUAGAAGCCAGAAACAUAUGUAAUGUCCAUCGCUCAAUGACCUCUCAAGAAGCCUUCCUGUCUCUGCUGUUUGGUUUAUAUUUAUACAGUGAAAGUAGGGCUGCCUCUCCCCAAAGACUACAGCAUAGAUCCGAGAUCCUCUUUGCGAUCGAUGGAAUAAAUGGAAACAAGAGAUAGUGUUUCAUAUGAGGCUAAAUGCAUUGGGAAUACAAGCUGGGAGCUGAGCUCACAGCUCCAAUUUCAGACCAUGAGGCAGCAGCAGGAAAGUUUUUUGGGAGUGCCGGCGUUAGGGUGGGUAUGUGAGGGGGGGGUUGAGUGGUCCUUUGUUUCUCAACCAACUGUAUUUUGUGUCUAUUUAUUUAGAAGAGGGGACACAGUAACAUAGUGAUGUUUUCUUACAUUUUCCUGCAAUGGUAGAACAAAUCGAAAAGGUUCAAAAAUGAUCAAAACCGAUCUGCUGACACCAACGUCAGUGGAAGAACAAAAAAUCUCAUACUUCCAAACAUGACCAAAACAAACGAUGACAAAAUUUACGAAAGAAAAAAAAUAAACCUGUCAGUUUAGUCUAGGAUAUUUAUUACUGGGAUUUCAGCUGAAGACGCUUGAAGACUUUUUCAUGGAAUUGUUUAAUUAUUUGUACUUUACAUGCCAGAAAAAAAUAAAAGUUACAAAUCUGA